AUGGUGAAUUAUCAUCGAGCUGCGUCCAAGCUCGACAUGUAUCGGAAAGUACCAAUGGACUUGAUGGAAGGUACCAAGCGAGGGAGUAUUCUCAGUUAUAUCGCCUUGUUCACCAUGACAACGUUAUUUAUACUCGAGACCAAAGAGUUUCUUUCGCCACGAAACAAAACGGAUCUUGCUCUGGAUGCUUCCGAAGAUCCUCGCAUCCGUCUCAAUUUCAACAUUACCAUGCUGGAUCUGAAAUGCGAAUGGGCCGUGGUGGAUGUGGUCAGCUCGUUGGGAUCCAACCAAAAUGUUACCGCCCAUGUGACCAAAUGGGAUUUGGAUGCCAGUGGAGUUCGUCAACAAUAUCGAGGAAGGAACCGAUUUCAAAAUGAUAUUACCCUCUUUGAUGAGUCCGUGACUGAUACACUAGAAGAACUCCACGAAGAUGGUGAAGAUGCCGUCAGUUUUGACGAACAGACUUUGCAAUUUGCCAAGAAUGAGAACGAAUUUCUCUUUGUCGACUUUUAUGCCUCGUGGUGCAGUCAUUGUCGCGCUUUGGCGCCCACUUGGGAGGCACUUGCGGAACUCAUGUUGGAUACUGGGGAACAUUUGGGAAAACUGCAUCAUGACGACUACGAUAGUGAAGACUACGACGCAGCGGAAAAGGUUCGCCUACCCGUCAUGGUUGGAAAGGUGGAUUGCGUCACCCACAAGGAAGUGUGUCAGCGUCAUGCCAUUCGGGCCUAUCCUACCCUGAAGUUGUUCCACAAUGGACAACCUUGGGGAGGAGGCGAUUAUCGUGGACAUCGAACUUUGAUUUCCAUGGUCGAAUGGUUGUACUUUGUGGAAGAAAAGGUUAUUGAAUUGGAGGGUGGUAGCAAGGAUGACCAAGUCUUGCAAAUUGCCCAUCAAGCUGCUCAUGAACGACUGCUGGGGGACAAUGUUUCUGAUGAAGAACGCCAAUGGCACGAAAAGCUGCUAAUGGAUAGAAAGAAAAUGCAUACUAAGGAUUGGCGGGAAUCGGAGCACCCGGGAUGCCAAUUAUCUGGUCACUUAAUUCUCGACCGGGCACCUGGUAACUUUCACAUUCAAGCACGUAGUCAGAAUCAAGAGUUUGCCGCACACAUGACAAAUACAAGUCACAUGAUCAAUUCGCUUUCCGUGGGAGAUCCAGCUGCCAAGUCCUUGGUCGAAGCCGGACGAGCUCCCAAGACACUUCCAGCGGAAGCCGUGGAAAAAUUAGCGCCCAUGGAUGGGAAUAUCUAUCCAACCUACAGUCACCACGAGUCAUAUCACCAUUAUCUCAAGUUGGUGACAACCCAAGUGGAAGGCUUUACGAUCGGCCGAAGGGACCUGCGAGUCUACCAGAUUCUGGAAAAUUCACAACUAGCACUUUACCGAAAUGACAUGAUUCCCGAAGCCAAGUUUCAAUACGACCUGAGUCCUAUCGCUGUGACUUAUCGAAGCGAUAGCCGGCAUUGGUACGAGUACUGCACCUCGAUCAUGGCCAUUAUUGGUGGUGUUUUCACUGUUGUUGGUAUGUUCGAAGCCGGUAUCAGUGCUACUGUCAAGCGUGCUCACCGAAACCAGCAACGACGGGGAAUGCGUCAUUAG